UUAUAUGGAUUUGAGGGGUUUGUUCAGUAGGUUCAACUUACUGCAAUAGAAUGAACUUCUUUAGUGUGAUUUUCCUGCUAUCCUUAGGAGUGUUUCAAGUCCAAGGAAUAUCCAUGAAAACUAUAAACUCCAAGGUUACAAGGAUUAACAGAGAAGUGGUUGCAGCAACAAAAACUUUGACAAAAAUCCAGACUGUUUUAAGAUCUGCUUUAACAAAUACAGAUGCAGGCUCAGUCUUUGAUGCUACAUUGUCAUCUACAGGAAACAAAUGUGGUCCCCAAAUUAUUACUGGUUGGACGGUCAACCUGGACCAGAAGAUGCUGUAUGCUGAUACUGCUUUCUCUGCUGGAACACAGAUGAGUUCAACAACUGGAAGGUUUACCCCUGCAGUCCGAGGAUAUUACAAGAUCUGCGCAUACUUCAGAUUCCAAAAUUCUGGGAACGCCAAUGAUGUGACAAUAAGGAAGAAUGGUGCCAUCAUUGCUGCCUUUGGUAGUGGAAUAGAGAGGGACUGGAGGAGCACUGGAACAUGUGUUGUAACAACCCUCUCUACAACAGAUUAUGUUGACCUUUAUCAUCAGUCAGGCGGGUCAUCAGAUUGUAUCCAGGAGACAAGCUACAAGUACUCGAGGUUUAUGGGUCAUCUUAUUGCUUGCGAUACUUCAACCUGUGCUUAACUUACAGAAAAAAUAUCAAUUUUAAAAAAAUUGAUAUUUUAAUGUUUAAGUCAUGUUCAUAUGUUGUAUUUAGAUUUAUUAUAUUUUUAUAUUUGUGAAUUUUGAACCCUUUUAAUGUAUUAUGUAUAAUAUGUAUCUAAAUGAAAUAUGUAUACUCAAUAAAGCAUUUCGUAACAUUAA